AUGCCGGCCACCAUUUGCGCCGUAUUUGUUGAUCAAUACUAUCAUGUUCUACAUGACACGCCAGAUCAGGCGUACAAAUUUUAUCUAGACAGGAGCACCAUUGGCCGGCCACGUCCUGAUGGAGUCGUGGAAUACGUAACAACACUGCCCGAGAUCAACAAAUCAUUAAUAUCUAUGGACUUCAGCAAAUACUUGACGGAGAUAGACACUGCAGAUGCAGUCUCAUCUCACAAUGGUGGUACGCUCAUUGUUGUUACUGGAUCGUUAACCGCGCCUGAUGGCGUUUGCACAAACUUUACGCAGUCGUUCUUCCUUGCACCACAAGAAGGUGGUGGCUGUUUUGUUCUCAAUGACAUAUUUAGAAUUAUGCCUAAAACGUCACGACUUGUGACAAGUCAAUCCGAUAGUCAAGAAAAUGACAUCAAGGAGAAUGUCGGAUCUACAGUUGAAUCAAGAGAGGCAGAACAAGUGAAGACUGGCCAUGUACCAGUGGAGAAUAAGGUUGGAGACUUGGAAGUUCCAAACCCCUCAGCUAAUGUCACAACAUAUGAAAAUUAUGAUGGCACCGAGCCACUUGUGCAAGCGACCAAAGAGGAUCUUGAAGGGACUCAUGAUGCUUUUCCUCCUAAACCUCAACCUCAUAAGGAUGCUACUGGCAGCUCUUACGCAUAA